UAAAGAACGCAUUCCCUUACAGACAUUCCCUGAUCGCGCUGUACAUGUAUACACAGGCAUCGCGACGUACACUGUCUAUAUUCGCGUUAACCGGCACAAUUGCCACAAUGCUCCAUCACCACGGCCGAUUAAGUUGAAGAAAAACGGGGAAGAUAUAGUUUUCUCUCUCCUCUAUACAAGCUUGGUAGUUAAUGAUGUUAUGAUGCGGCGGGAAUUUGUGGCUACGCGCGAUGCCGUGAUCAUGUUUGCGGAUUGUCAUCGGAUUCGACUGUGCAAAUGAACCUCCAUCUUACGAUAUUCACCAGGCUGACGGCGCCAUCGUCCCCGCGUUGUCCGCCCUCCAUGUUGCAGCUGGUGUUGUGGCUCGUGUGGCAGCUGUACUUCCUGCUGGUCAACGGCGUCUUCUGGAGUCUGGUGGUGCUGGUGGUGGCCACCAUCGUCUUUGUCUUGCUGUCCGAGCGUGUCUUCUACUUUCCGGAUGUCGCGGCCCCGCCCCCACCGGCCCCGGACGGCCCAGGCGCCGCGCCCCCGUCCCCGCUGCCGCCGGCCGGAGUGCUGCCGGCGGCGUCCGCCAGCGAUACCGCCGUCGUGGCCGUGCCAACCGCCUCCGGGGCGCUACAGUGCCUUGCCGUACCCAAGCCUCGAUGGGGAAAGGCCUUCUCCUACCACAGCCAGGACGCCUCCAACUCCUCCAGCGACAGCGACAACGCCGACCCGCACAAUCUCAUCGUGCGCUGUCUGCAGUCGCACCAGGAGGAGCACUCACCGGGCGGCGGUGGCGGAGGAGGAGACCCGGGCACGGCCGAUGGGACCGGCGAGAUGGGCGGCCUUAAGAGUCCGCGGCUGCGCCGCUCCAAGUGGCGCUCCAAGCACAAGGACCAGCGCCAUCGUACCGAGCGGAAGAUGCGGAACGGCACGCUGCCGACGGAGCGGCCGCGACUGCAGCGCCAAGAGACGGUGGGCAGCAGCAACGCCUCCGCCCUGGACAUCCCGUCGCCCAUCCAGAGCGACGAGCAGGAGCAGGACUACGACGCCAUGUCCAGCCAGAACUACGUCGUCGAAGAGGAGGAUCUGGAGGCCGUCGGCAGCAGUGCCGCCGCCACGGCAGCCCCUCCGCCGCCCAACAGCAGUCGCGAGCGCCGCCAGCGCCGCUUCGUGGAGGAGCAGCGGCAGGCGCACACGCUCCUCAAUGAUCAUCCAUUACCGUCCGAUUUCUCCAUUUCCUUUGCGGAAGGAAGUAGUGAUAUGCCUUAUUCGGCAAGCGGCCUGAGCCAGCUGAGCGCCGGCAGCGGACCGCAGAUGGUGCCGGUGUGCGGCAGCGUGGAGGUGUCCUUCUUCUACGACCCCCUGAAGAAGACGCUCUUCGUCACGGUGGUGCAGGCGGCCAAUGUGGGCAGUGUGGCGCAUGCCGGCCUGCAGAUCAAACUGUGCCUGCUGCCGGCCAAACGGCUCCGCUUCAAGACCAAAGUGCGCCCCGGCAAGCAGCCUAAAUUCCACGAAUGCUUCCACAUGAAGAACAUCCCGCCGGACGACGUCCACGGCAUGGCGCUGCGCAUCCGCCUGUACAUGUACGAGAAGCUGGUGCGCGGCCAGCUGAUUGGGGAGUCCAUCGUGGCGCUGGGCAGCAUCAAUCUUGACCUGGACACCAUGAUGUGGCUGACGUUGGAGCCGCGGAAAGCGCUCUUGUUCGACUCGUCAUCGACCGGCAGUGAACUGCGCAGUCUAUCUCGCAGCGACAGCACCCUAUCGGCGCAGUCCAUGCCGUUGAGCUCGUCGGCGCCGGAGCUUCUGCUGGGACUGUCCUUCAACGACAUCACCGGCCACCUGAAAGUGGAGGUCAUCAAGGGCUCGCGGUUCCGCAGUCCCAGCGUCAACCGUCCCGUGGACACCUAUAUCAAACUGAGUCUGCUCUCCUCCAACGGCCAGGAGAUCUCCCGCGCCAAGACCUCCGUCCGCCGUGCCCAGCCUAACCCGAUUUUCCGGGAGACCUUUCUUUUCCCGGUGGCCCUGUUCCAGUUGUCGGAUGUGACGCUGCUCUGCAGUGUGUACAUGCGGCGCAGUAUGAAGCGCAAACAGCUGCUGGGCUGGCUGGCCAUGGGCUACAACAACACGUCGCGCGACGGCAACGCUCACUGGCGGGAUUUCCAGCUGACCCACGACCAAGUGUGCCGCUGGCACGCGCUGACCACCUCCUGACCUUUCAAUCAAAAACACCCCCUUUCUCUUGAUAAUCGUGCUAAUCACUGUUUUUUAUUCACACGGCUUUCGCACACGCAUUCCCCGAGAAACCUGUAUUAAACCCCGAGUAU